ACGCCAGAGCAUACGCCAUACGCCCAGGGCUGAAGCGUAGCAGGUGCAGAGAACACGACACGGAAGGCAGAGAUAACCCCAACAAACUCCGAAGAAACGAAGCAUGGGGACGCAAGCGGCGCCGGCGACCAGCGAGAUCGCGGCGGUGGGUGUAAUAGGCGCGGGGCAGAUGGGCUCGGGCAUCGCCCAGCUCGCCGCCGCGGCCGGCUGCGGCGUCUUCCUCCUCGACUCCGACCCCGCCGCCCUCUCCCGCGCCGCCGCCUCCAUCUCCUCCUCCCUCGGCCGCCUCGUCUCCAAGGGCCAGCUCUCCCAGGCUGCGUGCGAUGACUCCGUGAAGCGGAUAAAGUGCGUCUCCGAUGUGGAGGAGCUGCGGGGCGUGGAUCUGGUGAUUGAGGCCAUUGUUGAGUCCGAAGAUGUCAAGAAGAAGCUGUUCGUGGAGCUGGACAGGAUCACCAAACCUUCUGCCAUUCUUGCCUCCAACACCAGCUCCAUUUCUAUAACCCGGCUUGCCUCCGCUACCAGCCGCCCCUCUCAGGUGAUCGGCAUGCACUUUUUCAACCCUCCUCCUAUAAUGAAGCUGGUUGAAAUCAUACGAGGAGCUGAUACGUCAGAAGAGAUUUUCUCUCGAGUUAAAUCUUUUUCUGAAAGGAUUGGGAAGACCGUUAUAUGUUCACAAGAUUACCCUGGCUUCAUUGUGAACCGCAUCCUAAUGCCGAUGAUCAAUGAAGCAUUUUGGGCACUUUACACUGGGGUAGCAACCAAAGAGGACAUCGACACAGGGAUGAAGCUCGGCACGAAUCAUCCAAUGGGCCCUCUGCAGCUUGCGGACUUCAUAGGGUUAGAUGUUUGCCUCUCAGUACUUAGGGUGCUCCACAACGGGCUAGGAGAUAACAAGUACAGCCCUUGCCCUCUGCUUGUCCAAUAUGUCGACGCCGGACGACUUGGAAAGAAGCGGGGACUAGGCGUGUACUCUUACGGGAGAAGCUCUUCAUCCGUUAAACCCAAGUCGUCCCUGUGAAGUGUGAACAUAUCCAUGCGGCUGUUGAGCAAAGAAAUGAAAUCGUGUGUGUACUCUCUGGACGAAAACAAAAGGACGAAAAGUAGUAGUACUUGUGGUCACUGAAACAAUGGGUGUACUUUGUAUGCACUUUGUAUAUCAGUGGAAGAAAACAAAACGACGAAAAGUACUAGUACUUGUGGUCACUAGCAUCGGAAUAUAACAGGCUCACGCGGGCUUGGAUUUGUAGAAUCGUCAAA